UGCCAGCGUUUGGAACAGACGCGAUCCAAUCCGCCAUCUCACCGUGAAGGCAUUCUCUGCAUCUUCGUUAACAAGAAGAGCGCCGUGCCAAGUGACCGCCCGCAAAGGAGCGCCGUAUCGGACCCUUCCCAAUCGCUUCUAACUGAGGAAGGAAACAUGCGUCUGAAGGAGGCCGAGUGUCCCGCGGACAUCCCGGGGCCCCUCUUGCACACCCAUAACGUGGGCCAGCGGGAUCGAAACCGGAACCAUUCGGUCACCAGGGACAAGCUGCCAGACGCCGGCGUCAUCCACUGCAGCACACAAUGGGCCAACAAUUACGUAACGUCUCGGAAAGCAACUACAUGUACGUCACCCACAAUCGGCAAGGAUCUUCAUCAGCUUACAAACAACGGCAGCAACUUCAACAACAACAUCACGACUUCUUUCCAGCAGCAUCGCUCCAGUUACAGCUCGUCUUCGGAGUUCCUGUCGGAGUCCUCUCCAGAUGACAGCCUAGGCGACUUCGAAGACGGACAGCAGAGUUCGAGUUCUCUGGACGUGUCUCCGCAGGGAGACGAGUACCGCUACUUCAGCCACGAGGAACUCACUGACUCCGAUUCGUUGUCAGAUGACGGCAACUGCCGAGGCACUGCAGGAGCCCGCGGCAUUGUGAACCCUAACUAUCCUGGCUUCCAGCAUUUGGCUGGUCAGCUUCACCAGUCCGAUACUGAAGACACCGAAGAGGACGGGGUUACAGGCAGCAGCAACAAGAAUUACAACAAUAACAAUAAUAACAAUAAUGGCGAUGAAGACAACAAUGGUUCUGACAAUGUUAUCGAGUCGAAGAUUGAUAGUGUGAAUCAUUUAGACAGUGUAGAGAAUUUCCAGAAGGCGUUUUAUGACAAACCAAAAUUUAACAUUCCAAUAGAUGCAGAGUCUGAUUACUACAGUGUUGGUGGUAGUGAUUUCACUGCAGUUCCAGGCGACGAGAAAGAUUUAAACGUGAGUUUGCCGGUGAGUGACUCAGAAACAUUUGUAAUUAACGCAGAAGAACCAGAAAGCAGUGUUGAAAGUGACAGUGAAGUUCUGAUGGCCAACAUGGCAGCGAUUGCCUUGAGUAGCAACAAUAUAGGGACAUCCCCUGUAGUUGAACCCCAGCAAAUAACCCGUAGCAAAAUGUCGGAUGCUUUUCUGUCGGGCGCCAAGGAGGAUCUGUUGGGUAAAGGCAGCCCUGAUGAAGGGAGCAUCAGGAGCAAAUGUGAAGAAGUUAUGAACACACUGGAGUCUGUAGGGCGAUGUGCUCAUCAUUGUAGCAGUCUGAACGUGGAAGAUUCUAAUCGGGUAGCCGAAGAAUGGGAAGAUGAAGAGAAAGCAGUAGAAAAAUUCAGUAAAGAAGAACAGACCGCAAGUGAAAAAGAGAAGGAUGAAGAUUCCGUGGUACCGCGUAAGAAGGAGAAGAUGGAAAUAAAUUACAGUGUAAAGAAAAACCGCAGUAACAGCUGCACCAGCAAGAUGGAGUUGCAGCAGGCUUCGUCAGCACCGGUCCUGCAGCAGCAGGAAGAGCAGGACGGCGCUGUGGUGAGACGUCGUGAUUUUGGGCCCAGAAGCGGCAGGGAUCACAUGCUGGCCAACAGACGUUCCGUCCCCACGGCAGCCCGUGACAAGAAGCGAUCCUCCACAGAGAUCCUAGGUGGUUUCGAUGUGUACAACAUUGAAACGGCGAUGCCCAAAAUCGAUCUGGACGCUAUCGAGUCUCAUCUGCGGGCGGCCAGGGAGGAGGAGAGACGGCGCCGUAAUGACCGUGAGGAGAUUCGACGACGGCUUGCCAUGGGCUCAGAUGCUGAUGAAUAUUAUGGGGGUGAACGCCCAGGCAGGAAACCCAGCCUGCAGGCCAGACUUCAGAGUGUGUCUUUUUCCCCUCCAGGGAUGAAUUUGCAGAUCUGCUUCAUGAAUGAGACUGUGUCUGAUACCGAGUCUCCUAGUUCAGACACAGAGGCAGCAUCAUCACCAGUGAAGAUGUCAACAGUUCCACGGAGCAGUACUUUGCCAGUAAAGCCACUGCAGCUCACUCCUUUGCCGGCAGCUACUCGACCUUCAACUUCAUUACUCACUCUGCCCCUACGCAGGGAGCCAGAGUCUCCUCAACCCAUGACAGAAGCAGACUUCUUUGCUCGCCAGGCGCGGCUACAGGCCGAAGCUCGGAUGGCAUUGGCACAGGCUAAAGAGAUGGCUCAUAUGCAGAUGGAAGUGGAACGUCAGCGCCAGAAGAAGAGUCCCAUCACAGAGAUGGUUCGGUCUAGUCUUGAGAAGGUUGGAAUCCCAUUCCCUGAAGGCAGGAGACGUGUUAGCAGGCAAAUUCUUACAGAAAUGAAUGUUGCCCAACUUCAAGUCAUAGUUAAUGACCUACAUACACAAAUAGAAAUUUUGAACGAAGGCUUAGUUAAAUUCCUGAUGGAUCGAGAUGAUUUACAUAUGGAGCAGGAUUCUAUGUUGGUUGAUAUAGAGGAUCUUACACGAUAUCUGGGUGCCAAGGAGCAGACAGUGAAGGAACAGAAGGACUUGCAGGUGUUGAACCAGAAUAAUAACAACCACCUCCUCCCAUCAAAACCAAAGAUCAGUAGGAUAGGAGGUCUUGUGAAGAAGUAACGGGAGAAUAUAAACACAAGUGCAAGUGUAUUGCCGUUGGGGUAUCGUUUGUGUAGUGCAUAUUGAAGUCUGUUCUAGGGAAACAAAUCUGCAUGUCUUGUUUGAAACACGAGAUGCCAGCAGUGGGUACAAUGCUAGUUCCUGUUCCUCCCUUUACUUGCAAGUCUGUGGAAUGAAAGCAUUGGCCAUACAUAGUUGUACGUAAUUAAUUUGGAAACAUAGUGAUAAUGCAUUUUGUGUUCAAAGUAAAACCUAGUCCACCCUAAACUGUUCUUGUAAAAAAAAAGUGUUCAACUUGUUUAUUCUAUUUGUACAACUAUUUUUGAAUGUAGUAGGAAGUAGAUUACUCUUGGUAGCUUGUGUUUUAAUUUCAGCUGUGUGCUUCAUGUGAGUUACUGUUGUUAAGAGACAGUGUAUGUCUUACGGUGAUGCCAGAAACUGAAACGUGUGAAGAAGUGUGUGUAUCUCAAGUGACAAGUAUAUGAUAUAUGAUAUCUCUUCUAAAUCUCUGUGGAACAAAGACAAACGAUCUGAGUGUACUGUACAUACCGACAUUUAUUAUAAGUGAAAUGGAUUAUGUUUUCCACUCUUUUGCCCUUUUCACACAACAGUCUGUCAGAUUAAAGUUUGCCAUUGUGCAAACAGAAUCUCA